GAGACAGUGGAGAAAGACUAUCUGUGCCACCGUAUGACCAUUUCUAUUUUCUACCACGCGCAGUGGAACAACAAUCAAUAUAUUGAAAAAAUCGGAGGAGGUAUUGACGGAUUUAUCCUGAAUCAGUGGUCGAAUUCUCUUAAACUCUCUCGUUAAUUUAAGCAAGUCAACUAUAAUCGCUGAUAUUCUCGUUUGAUCUUUCAAAUCAUCGCAUUCGUGGUUCCAGUAUGCUCCGGUCAAUUCGUGCAUAAAAGCUCAAUUGUACGGAUUUGUUGCUUUUCUUAAGACAUAAAGAGGUACUUUCAAUUGACAACGAAAUUGAAGCAGAGAGUAAUCUAGCUUUUUCCAGCCUGUGACUUUGUAACUUCUUGUGACUUUAAGAAAAGUGGUAGUCCUUUUGUAGAUGGUGAAACACCGACAAUUCUAGGGCAAACGACAACUUGUACCUCAUGAGGUUGAGCAUCACAAGAAAGUGUUUGUGAAUCAAACAGACAUGGGUUGGAGCUGCUUUGGUUCCAAACGUGUACAAAAGAAAGAGAUAAACACUCAUCCAGAAUUAGAAGGUUUUCCUCUUGAUAACAUAAGGAAUUUUUCAUAUAGAGAAUUAAGAUUAGCAACUGAUAACUUUGAUCGAAGUGCAAAGAUCGGGCGAGGUGGUUUUGGAGUCGUUUACAAGGGAAUCCUCAACAAUGGAACACAAAUUGCUGUAAAAGCGCUUAGUGCUGAAUCAAAGCAGGGAGUUCGUGAAUUUUUAGCAGAAAUAAAUGCGAUAGCAAAUGUGAGACAUCGAAACCUAGUCGAGUUGAUCGGGUGUUGCGUUGAAGGAACUCAUCGUAUUUUAGUGUAUGAAUUUUUGGAAAAUAACAGCCUUGACUCUGCGCUUUUAGGUAAAAAGAUGCAUAUUGCAGAGCUGGAUUGGAAGCGAAGAUCUGAGAUCUGCAUUGGAACAGCACGUGGUCUUGCAUAUCUUCAUGAAGAACUUGAGCCACAUAUUGUGCAUAGAGACAUUAAAGCUAGUAAUAUACUUCUAGACAAACAUUUCACACCAAAAAUUGGAGAUUUUGGAUUGGCUAAACUUUUUCCAGAUACCAUCACUCAUAUAAGCACCAAAAUAGCCGGAACUACUGGUUAUUUGGCUCCUGAAUACGUAUUGGGCGGGCAGUUGACAUUGAAAGCGGACGUUUAUAGCUUUGGGGUCCUCGUUCUUGAGAUAAUUAGCGGUAGAGGCAGUUCAACGUCAGGUUGGGGUCCAUCACAGAAACUUCUAUUGGAAUGGGCGUGGGAGCUGUAUGAAGAGGAGAAGCUGUUGGAGCUAGUGGAUCCAGAGCUAAAAACAUAUGAUUCGGAGGAAGUGAUAAAGUACAUAAAAGUAGCUUUUUUUUGUACUCAAGCGACCGCCAGCCGUAGGCCAAUUAUGAGCCAGGUUGUCGACAUGUUGUCAAGAAACAUUCGACUAAACGAAAAACAACUGACGCCGCCAGGUUUUUUCCAAGAUUCUAGUGGGAAUAAAAAGGUAUCUUCUGACGCUUCCACCAGCCGCCAGAUAACUUCUUUUCCCACCACAAUUACACAAGUAACCCCUCGAUGAAUUAAGAAUAAGAAGAGAACAUACAUAGUUGAUGAUUUAUUUAUAAGCCGCCAUAUUCGUGUGGCUGUCUUCGCUUAGCUGUCAUUUGUAGCCGACGGCUAAUGUUGAUCUCAGUCGGUGACGGCGAACCUGCAACAGACAAACCUGACGGGGCCCAGGGACGGCUUUCUUUUCAUCGUAUAUGUCGAGGGAUGCCAGUUUUUUAUUUUUUGUGGUCGAAAAUUGAAAUAUUAAAGUAAUUAUGGGUUAAUUUGUAUAUGGUUAACACUUGAUUAAACUAAAAUAUAUUGGAUUGAUUAAACAAAUUUAUGAAGGUAUUUGCAAAUUACAAGUUGAAGUUGGAAAAUACAGAUCAAA